ACAAAAAAUAACGACGAUCUAGCAAAGCGAGUGUGUGCGACAUGACGCGCCGGUGAACUUUUAUAUAAAUUUGACGUAAUUUUCUGUGCAUAUCUUGAAAAUAAGAUUUCACAAUGGCCGAUCAAGUAGAUUCAAUGUCAGAUGCUGAAUUGCGGACGAAACUCGCCGAGCAUGGGUUCCCUAUUAUGCCUAUAACUGCUUCCACAAGAAAGCUUUUGGUGAAAAAGUUAAAACUCGUCCUAGAUAAUAAGAGUAAAUCUAGAAAUAGCGUUGAUAGUAAGGCGGAAAGUCGACGCUCGUUGGCGCGAUAUUCCAGUGGGGAGGAAUCUGAUGAUACUUCUAAUAAUGUUAAAGACAAAAGGGGUCGUCGCGUGACCACCAGCGGGGCUAUGCUGCCGCCAGUUACAAGUAAAACCCGCCGGCCUCCUUCGAAAAAAGAAUCGCCGGUUAAACGUGAUGCCGAUGAUAAGUCAGAAUCGGAAGAUGAGAAAACACCUCUGCGUACACAUGAGGAAGUAGAAACUGUAACAACGAAGCGUAUCACUAAGACCUAUACCAACUCCAAUGAACUGGAUGACUAUGAAACAGGUUCAGACAGCGAUGUGGACAGUGACAAAAAGACAUCUGUGUUUAGAAGCAAUUCAAGGUCAAGUGACUACAUAUCCAGCACCCAUCCUACUAAUGAUGCGUCAACUAGUCCACCAAAACCAUCUAUUUUCUCUCGACCGUCCAUAUCACCAACAGGCUUCACCUCAUCACUGACAUCUUCUGACCAUUUGAAUUCAAUCCGCAGCAGGCUUGGACUAACAUCAUCAUUUGGUGAUAGACCAUCGGUGAGCAGUUACACUGAUAGACCUUCUGUAAGUAGUUACUCAUCAAGCUUUUCAACUACGAAUUACCAACCUUCGACAUCCACAGUUGAUGAAGUGGAAUCUCCAUAUUUAAGUAACUUCACUAGACGUCUGUCUGCACUGAAGGCUGACCCACCAAAACCCACAUAUUUAGACAGAGACACAAACAAUGGAAGCACAAUAUUGACACCACGUAGAUCAUACAUCACUGGAGUAUCAAGAUCUGAUGCUGUUGACUAUAAAACUGCAAAUGACAGAAAAUUCUUGAAAAAUAACCUUGUGUCUCUUGCUUUGGUUGGUUUGGCUAUACUUUUUUUUUUUUGCUUAUUUUUUAUGUAUAUACUAAAGAGAAAUGAUAUCACAUCAGUAGUGGAUGACCAGAAUAGCAUCAUCCCAUUAUGUCAGCUGAAUAUACCUGGCAACAGGCCAGGCAUCAACUGCAUACCUAAGGAACAAGUGAGCUAUGCAAAAGAUCUUCUCAAAGUCAUCCACCCUGAACUAACGGCUAGGGCUGCCUCAUACAAGUGCAAUGUGCCCAAUGCUGUGCCUUACUUGACGGAGCGGGAAAUACUUGACAUUGCAAAUGCUAAGGCUGAGACUGUAGAUAUCAGCCAGUGUCGCACCGACCUUAAUAAUCUGCAAGUGCUACUCGUAAAUAAUCCAAGGUGGGGCCUCAGUGUUAUUCAGUUAAAAAAUCUUUACACUAAAGAUGUUGAAUUUUCUAUUAUAUCUUCAACUGAUGUUGUGGUACAGCAACGCAACAAGGGCAGUGUAGCCCUAACUAUCACUGAUCCAUCCACACCAUUCACUUGCUUAAUUGUCAACACCUUAUACUCAGCGGGGUCCACUGUUAUAUUAGUCUCGAUAGUUUCAAUUUUAUUGCUCGGACUGCAUAGACUGUACAAAUAUUAUGUGGCAUAUCAGAAAAGAAAGAGUGAGGAUAUAUAUUCCAUGGUGGAACAAAUAAUAGAUGUUAUAUCUCAGGAAACUGAGGAUAGUGGAGAACCAUACAUAUCUGUAGACCAUGUUCGUGACACCUUGAUAUCACCACAAAAUAGAGAGAAAAUGGCAUCAGUGUGGGAUGCUGCAGUUAAGUUUAUUCAGAAAAAUGAAAGCAGAGUACGCAUGGAAGUGCAGUCAGUGGACGGGGAAGACUGCAGAGUUUGGAGAUGGAUAUCCUCCCAGAGCAGUCCCAAACGUAGUGCUGCGUGGCAAGGACAGGCUUUCGAAACCCAGGAGGGCUCCGUGAACAACUUGACCGUGUCCCCAACACCAUGCUUGAAAAUCCGCUACAUGUUUGAUAAAAAUGAUACAAACUCUAAUUUGAGGGCUGUAAUUCAGGAUGCUAUUUUGGACAAGUGUGGUGAGGUAUGCAACAUUCUGCAUAUCGAUAUCGAGAGGUCUUCCUGCUGUGUGUAUGUGAAGUGUGCGACGCCGACUGACGCGGGCGUGGUGUACCGCAGCCUCCACGGCUGGUGGUACGAGGGCCGGCUCAUUACAGUCAAGUACUUACGUUUGGAACGCUACAUGCAGAGGUUCCCAAAUUCCCCCUCAGUUGGCCCUUACUUGAAGUCGUCUCGUUCUCGACGCGGUUGGGACGAGUAAAGCUGUCAAAAUUACUUACAGUUUCGUUACUGUUAAUACUGAACAAAAUAAUAAGUCUUAUUCGUUUGCUAAUUAUUUAUUGCAAAAUUAAAAGCACUGUAACUAAAUGAAAUAUUUUGGACGAGAAAUAAUUAUAGUUCAGUAGGUACUAAUUUUAAUUUUUUGUAUGGAAUGACGGUUCUGUGUUCAAGAGAUGAAUAAAAUUUAAUCAUCUAAGAGUGAUUAAUAGACUGUUACAUUAUGGAGUAAAUCCAAAUUAUUCAUCUUCAACAAUUUGUUCAUAAUAUUAAUUAUAAAUGUUUUAGCAUAAUUGAUAUUUGUAAAUUAUCAAUACAGGUGUAAGUAUGUAGUUGAUAUUUCCAAUAGAAAUGUUGGUUCUGAAAUGGCAUAUUACAUUGUUUAUAACUCAGUGUAGUGCAUUAUAAAAUUAAUUCCAGUCGAAAAUGUCUGAAAUACAUUCAGCAGUGACACAUCAUUGUUGUUCUUAAAAUGUACGAUCUAAUGAUACCUUAAGUAUAUUUAAGCUUAUUAAGAUGUAAGAAAAAGAGCAUGGCUAAUUUCGCACAUUGUCAAUUAAAAAUGAAAACAUUUCCGAAACAGGCAUUUAUGUUAUACCUACCAGAUGUGCCUCUUCUAAAAUUGUUAAUCUUGAUCUGAUUUGUUCACUAAAGUGAGGCGCUGGUCGUGAUCGUCCCUGUCUAGCAGAGCAUGAUUUUAGAUGUUGAAUAAAAUUCUGCUAAUUUCAACUUGUAAAUAUAACAUCACAAUAAUUCUUUGUAGUUACUUCUUAGACCUAUGGCUUAUAUUUGUUACUGAUUUUACUAAUGUUUUGGAACAAAUUGUUAAAAAAGUAGACGUAAGUAGGUUAAGAUUCAUAGGAUAUUUCCAGAGCAUACAAAAAUUCUGUUUAAUUUUUAUAAGUGUUUGAUAGCACAACGUAAUUGUACGAAACAUGUGUGUUUUAAUUUCUUAAGGUUGACAUGUAUUUUAUUUUAUUUCUACUAACUACAGACCUUUAAUUUUUAGCUUCAUUUUUAUGGGUUGAUUUUCAUUUUUUUAAUAAA